CUGCAUGCUGCUGCCUGGCACGCAGCUGGUUCGCCGGCCUCUCCGCUGCAUCCGUGCUUUGGGGCACCUGCCCUCACGCUCCCUCAUGAAUCUCGGGGAGCUCGUUUCUGCCCUGAAUGACUUUGCAUCCCUCUCGCUGGCCGAAAGCUGGGACAAUGUGGGGUUGCUGGUGGAACCAAGUCCUCCCCACACUGUGAACACCCUUUUCCUCACGAAUGAUCUCACUGAGGAGGUGAUGGAAGAGGCAGUGCAGAAGAAGGCAGACCUUAUUCUUUCUUACCACCCUCCUAUAUUCACACCACUCAAGCGAGUAACGUGGAAGACCUGGAAGGAACGGCUGGUCAUCCGAGCCCUGGAGCACAGAAUUGGGAUUUACUCUCCGCAUACAGCGUAUGAUGCUAUACCUCACGGAGUCAAUAACUGGCUAACAAAGGGACUCGGUGCUUGUACUUUCAUCCCACUGCAUCCAUCAACUGCACCAAGCUAUCCAGCUGAGGGCAAUCACCGGGUAGAAUUCUGCGCAGACAACACUGAGCAUCUGGACACGGUGCUGUCCAAAAUCAAAGGCAUCCAAGGUAUCUCCUGUCUCACUACUCUCCCUGCCAGGGUUGAAGGUGAGGAGCAAACACGAGUCACUUUGAGCUGCUCUCAGAAAGCACUGUUGGAGGUGGUGGCAUUAUUGUCCCAGCACAGCCUUUAUCACAAGACUGAGAUUCUCUUAUUACAAAAGCCGCUUCUUCCUCAUACUGGAAUGGGACGUCUGUGCACACUGAGCGAGCCAGUCUCCUUGUCAGACAUAAUUAAGCGUAUCAAAAGCCACCUAAAAUUACCCCACAUCCGCUUAGCUGUGGGAAUGGGCAAGACACUAGAAUCGCCAGUGAAGAAAGCUGCUCUAUGUGCUGGUUCGGGGAGCAGCAUCCUGAAGGGAAUGGAAGCUGACCUCUAUCUCACAGGAGAGAUGUCCCACCAUGAUGUUCUGGAUGCAGUUGCCAAUGGGAUAAGUGUUAUUCUGUGUGAGCACAGUAACACUGAGCGAGGCUUCUUGUCAGAGCUGCGUGACAUGCUAGCUGUCCACCUACAGAACAAAAUCAACAUAAUUGUGUCUGAGAAAGAUAGAGAUCCCCUCCAGGUGGCAUAGGGAAAGAAAAAAAACAGGAGUGAGAGUUCAUUCAAGAGUUUCAUGGUAUCUUGCACAGACCAAUCCAAUUGCAAGCUUAAUGAAGAUGCUCUGAAUUGGUUCAGUACAAAAUUAUUGUAUUCUAUGUUUCCUCAAAGUUUGGGAUAUAUUUUGUCAUCUGUCAGAUAAAUAAAUGCUUGUUUGGG